CGGGGGCGUGCCCUAGGUGGGCGUGGCCUAGCGGGCCCCGCCCCCGCCCUUAAGGUCUGGGUGCUGACUGCGGCCCCUUCGCGUCGCCGGAGGAGAAACCCUGCGCUGUCGCUCUCCCGCCGUCGCCAUGGCCCUUCUCCGAGGUGUGUUCAUCGUGGCUGCUAAGCGAACGCCCUUUGGGGCUUACGGAGGCCUUCUGAAAGACUUCACAGCUACCGACUUGACUGAAUUUGCUGCCAGGGCUGCCUUGGCGGCAGGCAAAGUGCCACCUGAGACUAUUGACAGUGUCAUUGUGGGCAAUGUCAUGCAGAGUUCUGUGGAUGCUGCGUACUUGGCAAGGCAUGUUGGCUUGCGGGUGGGCGUCCCAAUAGAGACCCCAGCUCUCACUCUGAAUAGGCUCUGUGGCUCCGGUUUCCAGUCCGUUAUGAGUGGAUGUCAGGAAAUUUGUGAUAAAGCUGCUGAAGUUGUUUUGUGUGGAGGAACCGAGAGCAUGAGCCAAGCUCCCUACUGUGCCAGAAACAUACGUUUUGGAACCAAGUUGGGAGCAGAUCUCAAGCUGGAAGACACUUUGUGGGCAGGAUUAACCGAUCAGCAUGUUAAACUCCCCAUGGGAAUCACCGCAGAGAAUCUUGCUUCAAAACAUAAUAUAAGCAGAGAAGACUGUGACAAAUACGCCCUGCAGUCCCAGCAGAGGUGGAAAGCUGCGAAUGAUGCUGGCUACUUUAAUACUGAGAUGGUGCCAAUUGAGGUGAAGACCAGGAAAGGGAAACAGACCAUGCAGGUCGAUGAGCAUGCCCGGCCCCAAACAACCCUGGAGCAGUUAAAUAAACUCCCGCCCGUGUUCAAGAAGGAUGGAACCGUUACUGCAGGGAACGCAUCGGGGGUGUCUGAUGGUGCUGGAGUUGUUAUCAUAGCUAGUGAGGAUGCUGUUAAAAAACAUAACUUCACACCACUGGCACGAGUUGUGGGCUACUUUGUGUCUGGCUGUGACCCCUCCAUCAUGGGUAUUGGUCCUGUCUCUGCUAUCACUGGGGCACUGAAGAGAACAGGGUUGAGUCUUAAGGACAUGGAUAUGGUAGAGGUUAAUGAAGCUUUUGCUUCCCAGUACUUGGCUGUUGAGAGGAGUUUAGGUCUUGACCCAAGUAAAACCAAUAUGAAUGGAGGAGCCAUUGCUUUGGGUCACCCAUUGGGAGCAUCUGGAUCAAGAAUUACUGCACACCUGGUUCACGAAUUAAGGCGCCGAGGGAAGAAAUACGGCGUUGGGUCGGCGUGCAUCGGAGGUGGCCAGGGCAUCGCAGUCAUCGUCGAGAGCAUGGCCUGAGGGCCCGGCACCUCCAUGCCCGCCUUCCUUCCUCCCUCGGCCAGGCCCAGCGCCCCAGGUGACUUGGGAGCAGCUGCAGAACUGCCACGCCCUCCACGGAAAGUGACUGAGUUUCACGAAGGGAUGGUGAGGAGAGACGCGUUUCCCAUGAUUAGAGCCCGUGCCAGAAUAAGUUCUCUCAGAUUUACACCAAUAUGAUGUAUCAUGAACUAAAAUCCAGCCAGACAAGGCCUUCAAAGGAGUUGUAUCCUUGCCAAAUAAUAAUGCCUCCACCAUUUAUGCCUUAGAUACUAUGAUCUCAAGGAAAUUGAAUAAAUAUUGCCUAAACUCA